GGAUAGAGCAAGGAGACAAAGUCACUUUGCCAUGCAGGAGCAGAGCACAGCAGGUCUCUCCAUCUCCUGCUGCCAGACCUCCAGGUAUUAGGCCUGGAAAAAGAAGCAACUUCUGUGGGAUCUUCAGGCAGGGAAGGUGGGAUAAAGGAAGAUGCCAGCUCUGGAGCCAAGGAAGCAGAGGGAUUGUGCUGUUGUCCUUGGCUUAUUCCUUGUUGCUGCUCGUCUUGUAGCUGUCCAGAGUUUCUGCACUGCUCCACCACGUCUGAUAUCUGCAGAGCUCAAGGAGGAGUUCCUGGACCGUACCACAUUCCCCCCUAGAUCCAGAGUGGAGUACAAGUGUCGGCCAGGCUACAGCAGGAAUUACAGGGUCCCAAAUGCCUUUGUUUGUAGACAGAAUGGCAACUGGGAUGGCUCUAUGGAGAUCUGCCAGCCAAAGGCUUGCACCAACCCUGGAGAGCCUCACAAUGGCAGACUCAUCUCAGCAGGGCACUUCUACUUUGGUUCAACUGUGAACUUCACCUGCAAUGAAGGGUACAGGCUGGUUGGAAAUCCUCAAAUCCACUGUGUCGUUGUUGAUGGGAGUGUUGGGUGGGACAGAGAUUUUCCUUUCUGUCAGGCCAUACCUUGUCUACCCCCUCCAAAAAUAGCUAAUGGAGAGCACAAUGCAGUCAACAAAGAGAGCUUUGAGUAUGGAACCUCAGUGACUUACAGGUGCCACGAUGUCAGGAGGGGAGAUGCUCCUUUCUCACUGAUUGGAGAUGCCUCUAUCUUCUGUACCACCACCGACAACGUCAACGGGGUCUGGAGCAAGCCACCCCCUGAGUGCAAAGUGGUUACCUGUGAGCAUCCCAGCAUCCAGAACGGGAGGCUGCUGGGUGGGUUCCGCUCCUCCUACAGCUACCAGGACACAGUCUUCAUGGACUGCAACUUCCGCUACACCAUGAACGGCAGCAGCACCUCCACCUGCAAAGAAGAUGGCUUCUGGGACCCCCCACUGCCCCUCUGCCAGCUCAGCAGCUGUGAUUAUCCUCCAGAUGUGUUUAAUGCUGUCAAAGUGAGGCUGGCUGGGAAUCUGUUCCCUGUGGACACCAUCAUUACCUACGAGUGCAAGGAGGGCCACGAGUUCAGCCCAGGAGAAACCAUCAGGCACAUCCAGUGUCAGCCAGGCUUCACAUGGUCUGAAGCUCCACAUCCUUGUGAAAGAAUUCGUUGCCCAAAUCCAGACAUCAGGAAUGGGAGGCUUGUGAAUCCCUGGGAAAAUAAAGAGUAUUAUCAGUUUGGAGACCACCUGAAAGUGACCUGUGAGGAUGCCUACUCUUUCAAAGGUCAUCCCGAUGAAGUUGUCCUCAGGUGUCUCAGUGAUGGGAGCUGGGAUCCACCAGUACCUGAGUGCACUCUAGAACCCCGUUGCCCAAAACCAGUUCUUGCUCAUGGAAGAGAGCUUGGAGGAAGCAGAAAUGACUACAGAGUUGGGACCCAGCUCAGGCUGGAGUGUGAUGCAGGCUAUGUCCUCAGGGGCCCAGACUCCACCACGUGUCAGGCUGAUGGGACCUGGAGUCCCUCCUUAUCAUCCUGUGACAAAGUCUGUGCCCCCCCUCCACAAAUUACCAGUGGGCAGCACUCUGGCUUGGGCAAGGAGCACUUCUAUGGAGCAGAGGUGACCUACAGCUGUGCAGAAGGAUUGUCCCUCGUUGGGAAUGCCUCCAUCUACUGCACCUCCCAUGAUGGGGUCAACCUGGCAUGGAGUGGGCCUGCCCCACAGUGCAAGGUGGUUCGGUGCCCCAGGCCGGCGGUGGAGAGGGGCAGGAUGCUUUCACAGAUGGUCACCUUUCCCUACAAGGCCACCGUGAGGUUCUCCUGUGAUGAAGGCUUCGCCCUGGAUGGUGCUGCUGAGAGCCAGUGCCUGGAUGACAGCUCCUGGCACCCUCCUCUGCCCACCUGCCAGCGAGUUCGCUGUGCCCACCCCUCUGGAGGGGGAGUCUCACUGACUCGUCCUUGGAAGAUGUGGUAUGAGGUGAAUGAAACCAUCUUCUUCCACUGCAACCUCGAUGCCCCCCCAGGACAGAGCUUCAAAAGUACCUGCUCGGCCACUGGCACCUGGGUACCACCACCCACCUGUAAAAAGCCUCCUGUGUGUGACAAGAUCCUGCAAAAUGCUGAACCUUUCCAGUGUGGAAUUCCUAUGGAAGAACUCAAAACUCUGCUGGAAGUCCAGAAACUCUACCUGGAGGUCGAGAAGCUGCGAAGAGAGUCCCCCUGACUGGCAUCACUGGGAGCAUAAGGACCCAGCCUUGUGUGUGCAGUGAGCCUGGGGACUCGAGGGGGGGGUUUAUGACUUUGUAGUUCAUGCAAGUGCUUAAGUAGCCUGGACAGAAUUUAUCAGCCAAGGAAGGGGUUUGGUUAUGGUGAGGGGAGGUCAGAAAGUGACCUCUCCUGGCUCAUUCUGUUAGAGCUCACUCAGGGUGGCUUUUUCCAUCACUUUAUACACUUGAAAGCUUUCCCUUUUGUGCUACCUAGCAUCAGAGACUGGUUUGGGUGGGAAAGGACCUCAGAGGUCAAUAAAUGCUCCAGACAGGAAUGUUUGCUCUACUGACAAGUGGUCAGUUAGAAAGGAAGUGGAAAGAGGACUUCUGUGGGUGCUGAGCAGACAUGUGGCAUGGUCAGAGCCACCAGCCCACACUGACCCCACAGCUGCUGUGUCCCAGCUGGCACUCAGCAUCACCCAUUGCUUUGUCCAUACCUUGCAUUCAUUAUCGUGACCAAGCACUUUGCUGCCUCAUUAGCUGUGACCUUCAGAGCUGGCAUGACAAAGGAAACAUCAAAGCCUGGUUCCUAGCAAGGCAGAAAUGCCAAGCAGGGUGGAUGUGUGCCAAGGAUGUGCUCAAGGCCAUGGUGGUGCCACUUGCUGCACCUUUGCUGGGUGCAGCUGCUGGAAACAAGUGCAAAGGGAGAAGUGGCUCCAGUUUUGCUGCUCCCUGCAGCAAGGGGGAAGUGCUCUGUUAGCUCACAUCUUGUCAUGGGAUCAGUGCUCCUUCACCACCACAUCCCAAUAAAGCUGCAGUUGCAACAAGA